UAUUGUUUACCUAUUUGGACGAGUGCUCAACAAUGGUGUAUCGGAAAGUUGUUGUGUGAUAGUGAAGAAUAUUUGGCGUCAAGUAUUCUUUCUGCCACGAAAAUUGGUAUGUCUUCGUUGAAUUUCGAGCGCUUUUUUUGA